GGCUCCGGCCGCCCAGCCGCCGCCGCCCGCGGUCUGAGAAGCAGGAGGCGCGGGGCCGGGAACCACGAGGAACCUGGACGGUAGCGGGUGCACCCGAAGUGGUCCCAAGAGUAUCGGCUGCCGCUCGUCGGCCGCCCCACUUGCAGACCCCCUCCCCUCCGCCGGGACGCGGGAGAGCCCGGCGCGCGGUGGGGGCGCGAGGUGGGGCCGGCGGGGGCGGCCAAUGCGAAACUGGCUGGUGCUGCUGUGCCCGUGCGUGCUCGGGGCCGCGCUGCACCUCUGGCUGCGGCUGCGCUCCCCGCCACCCGCGCGCGCCUCCGCCGCUGGCCCCGCAGAUCAAUUGACCUUAUUUCCUCAGUGGGAAUCUAGUCACUAUGAUGUGGUAGUUGGUGUGUUGUCAGCUCGCAAUAACCAUGAACUUCGAAACGUGAUAAGAAGCACCUGGCUGAAGCAUUUAACACAACAUCCAGCACUAAGUCAACGUGUGCUCGUCAAGUUCAUAAUAGGUGCUCGUGGCUGUGACGUGCCUGUGGAGGACCGGGAGGACCCCUACUCCUGCAGACUGCUCAACAUCACGAAUCCAGUUUUGAAUCAGGAAAUCGAGGCGUUCGAUCUUUCUGAAGACACCUUAUCAGGGCUUUCUGAGGACCGAGUUGUCAGUGUGAGCUUCCAGGUUCUCUACCCGAUCGUUAUUACCAGUCUCGGGGUGUUCUAUGAUGCCAGUGAUGCGGGUUUCCAAAGGAACAUCACCGUCAAGCUUUAUCAGGCCGAACAGGAGGAGGCCCUCUUCAUUGCUCGCUUUAGUCCUCCGAGCUGUGGUGUGCAGGUGAACAAGCUGUGGUAUAAGCCUGUGGAGCAGUUCAUCUUACCAGAGGUAAGUCAUGAAGUCAUGGAAGGUGUGGAGGGAGUCGCAGGUGGUUUUAUUUAUACUAUUCAGGAAGGUGAUGCUCUCUUACAAAACCUUCAUUCUCGUCCUCGAAGACUUAUUGAUCAUAUAAGUCAUCUCCACAAGGAAGAUGCCUUGCUCAAGGAGGAAAGCAGCUUCUACAAGGAUAUUGUUUUUGUGGAUGUUGUCGACACUUACCGAAAUGUUCCUGCAAAGUUGUUGAACUUCUAUAAAUGGACCGUGGAAACAACCAGCUUUGAUUUAUUGCUAAAGACAGAUGACGACUGUUACAUAGACCUAGAAGCUGUAUUUAACAGAAUUGCCCACAAGAACCUAGAUGGACCUAAUUUUUGGUGGGGAAAUUUCAGGUUGAAUUGGGCAGUUGACCGAACCGGAAAGUGGCAGGAGCUGGAGUACCCCAGCCCUGCUUACCCUGCCUUUGCAUGCGGGUCAGGAUAUGUGGUCUCCAGGGACAUUGUCCAGUGGCUGGCCAGCAACGCGAGGAGGUUAAAGACCUAUCAGGGUGAAGAUGUAAGCAUGGGCAUUUGGAUGGCAGCCAUAGGACCCAAAAGAUACCAGGACAGCCUGUGGCUGUGUGAGAAGAGUUGUGAGCCAGGGAUGCUGUCUUCCCCGCAGUAUUCCGCACAGGAGCUGACAGAGCUGUGGAAACUGAAGGAGCUGUGUGGUGACCCCUGUCAGUGUGAAGCAAGAUGAUGGUGACUUAAGUCGCAGUGUUUGAAGAUCAGGGUGUGAGUCUGAGGACAGCCAAGGUGUGGCAGUGAUUAUGUGACCCUUCAGGAGCCAAGUCCUAGGCUGGCACUUCUGUAUCCAAUGUGGUAUUAAUGUUUGCACAAAUUUUCCUAUUUAGAAAUCAACUGAUACUGUAGCAUAAUAAAAAUUUUAUUUAUAUAUUGGAAGAUUUGAAAAAUACCAAAUAGUUUAUAAAAUAAUAUUUCUAAAUCCUGAUAGGUAAUUCAUUACCUAUCAUUUUUGGUUAAAACUUGGCCUGUUCAGAGAUCUUUAGUAACUGAGAGUUGGAAUUUCAGCCCGGAUUGCAGAAUAGCUCCGUGUAGCCUAAUUAGGAUGAUGAAUAUGGGCCAAAAACAACUCACAGAAAUGCUGUGUGAUCAUUUAUGAGCAAACUUAUACCAAAGUUUGGGGUUUCUGGAAAUAAUGUUAAGAUUCUGUGGGUGUCUGAAUGAAGUGGGCGACUUAAACUUGAAAAAGAACCAAUUUAAUUCUCAGUUCUGGACCUUGAUUUUGAAGUUCAUUAUUAAGUGGACUAACACAAGUUUUCUUUUGCCAUUACACAUAAAUUCUGAAGGUUAGUACUUCUGUAAAAAAAAAAAAACAAAAAACUAAAUUUUUGUGAAUAUAAGUAAAAUUAGAUACCUCUCAGGGUUUUGGUACCAUGGGGAAAGACAUUUCUAAAUACCUGACACUUUGGAAGAAUUUUGCUUUCCUCCUGUCAUUGCCUAAUGUAAGUGAAUUUCAGUCAGAGCUGGUAAUCUUUUAGGUAUAAUUGUAGGGAAAAGCAUGUAAUUAAUUUUUGUAAGUACUCUAAAAAUAGUGCAGUUGAAAAGCGAGAUCAUAACAUAUAUGUCAUACAUAGUAAGGGGUGUGCCUCCCUAAAUUUAAGGGACAUUUCCCCAAUGACCAACCAUUUUACCAAAUCAUUUUAGUAACUUUUAAACUAGUAGUAUCGAUAGAGAAUUCCAUUAAAACUGGUCUUAUGACAGACAUUAACUGUGUUCAGA